AUGUUGCUAAGAGAGACGCAAGACGGCGGGAAGAAGGAGAAGCGCGCAGACAGGCUGAGCGUACGAGCCCGCGUAGAGGCGGAGUUGGCGCUGGAGCGUGAGAAGGUUGCCACGCAGGAGGCCGUGCAGCAGCUGCAAGAGAGGAACCAGGUCAUGGAGUUGCAACACAACAACGACACCUUGAGGCAGCAGCUGACACUCGUGCAAGACCAACAUGGCAAGGCAGCGGCCUUGAACGACGAGUGGAAUAACUUCUACCGGGGUGCCAAGGCGCGGUUUCUCGAGUCUGACGAGCACUGGAAGACCAAGAAGAAGCUGGAGCGAGAGCUGUCGGAGAUGCAGCGCAAGGUGUCUCAGCAGCCUCGAGCUCUGCCCGCCCUGGACCAGCAUCGUGCGUCAGAACAUUUUUUUUGGGCACCGGUGUCGGGCUCGAGUUUUGGCUUUGUUGCUCUCGUGCAGCAGCGACUGACCAUGGAGCACUGGGAAGCGCUGCAACGGGCGGCCCUGUCUGGCGACCCCGAGGCAGAGCAGCUGUCAGGCAGAAUAGUGGGUCGUUUGGACACGGACCAAGACAGAGCUCGCUAUCUUGCUGGCUACAUGCAGGAGGCCGGCGACUCGGAGGCGUGGCAGGGCAUCUACAAGGCCAUGGAGUUCGAUGACAAGCUCGAGGAGCAGUGGAGGUCUUUGCAGGCAGCGGCCCUCAACAUGGACAGGUUGGCGGUGCUGCUGGCGGGGGUGGUCCAGAAUCGCAGUAAAGGCGAGGGCCAAGAAGCUGUCACCUUGCAAAGGCUGCUCAAAGCCUGCCACGCACAGUCAUGGUGCGACAUCAACUAUGGCGUGGCUUCUGCGCUCAUGAACAGCAUCCCGGCACUUUUCGAUGAGGAGGACCUUGAUAGCGAGCAGGCAGGUCCAGUCACUGGUGCUUCGCCCCACGGCAAUGACGCAUGCGAGUUUGAGCGACAGGAGAUGGAGAGGCAGAGGAUGUUUGACGCACGCGCCUUGGAGGUGAAGGUGGACACCUACGCUCCCGUGAGUAGCGAUGAGAACGAUCACUAUGUUGGAGACAUGGAGGCAGUUGCUGACGGGGAUGUGGUGUACUUUGACCGCGUCAACCCGGUUGCCUUGGACGCCCUAGGCAGCUUGCAAAUCAGCAAGGUGCAUCGGACUGGAGCUCACGGACCUGUGCUCCGUGUCCUUGGUGAUGUGGCUGUGCAGUGCUCGCGCGGCUGUGUGAAGACCUUCAAGGCCGUGUUCAUAGAGGAGAAGGGGAUGGUUGAGUUGGGCAUGAAGGGCCGUCGUCACUCUGGCCGUCUCACGCCCAAGCAGGUCCAGGCACACGGCUUGGGCAAGUUCCGGGGUUUGGCUCCCUGCCACCUUGGCACCAGCAUCUUCUGCCUGCCUCGCUUCCUGAGGGAUGUGCUGCGGGCUGGGCUGAAGGCCGAUUGCGGCGCCAACGCGGAGAAGAUGAAGAAGCUGAAGCAGGCGAAUCAACAGCAAUGGGUCCCGAUCGAGGACAUGCUGGCAGAGCUCACCCCGGGUUUCUUUGCCUUGUUUCAUUUGGCUUAUGAAACCCUUCUUUGGGGCCGCAAAAUGCGCACGAUCGGCCCCGUGCCGGCCAAGUGCGCGGCCUUGCUCGAACAAGAACUCACAGAUGAGCUUGGCGAUGCUGUCAAGGAGUUCGUGCUGGCGCGCUUGGAGCGGGCUACACGGCUGACGGCAGGGGCCCCGGCGGCCGACAUCUACAGCGCCCUGCAGAAGCACCUGGAGACCAAGAUGGAGGAGGGCAAGAUCUCGGUGGAGGUGAAUGGCAAUCUUCUGAAGCAGGCUGGCCUGGUGGAGAAACGCACCAAGACGGUGUUGGGUGUCGAUGGCAAGCGCCGGAAUGUCUACGUGCUGCUCUACCGCUUUCCCAAGGCAGAUGGCGGCAAGGACCCCAUUGAGAGCGGCGUGAAAUUGAGCACCGGGAACGCUGAUGCAAGCUCGGCACGUCCCGUGAUAUGUGAACGCAUCACAGUCGAGCUUGAUGCCGCUGGUACAGGAUCCCGCUGGUACAG